AUUAUUAUUUUUUGGUUUUUUUCUGGUACCGGGAACCGAACUCACAACCUUGCACAUGCCAGGCAGGCGCUUUUGCCGCUGAGCUAAAUUCCCAGUCCUCAAAGCCUGGUUUUAAAUUGUGAGAGGUGAAAUGAAUAACUUGGUCACAAUAAUGUCUGUAACUCUAAAGGGAAACCUUGUAUUAUGGUCUCUUAGGUUUUAUUUUAUGCCUUUAGACUACACGCAAGCAUUGACAUAGGACAUUGAUUUACAAUUUAUAAUUGUGAACAUCUGUGAGACAGGAAAUGUCCCAGAAUUCUUUAUCCCAAAGGGACCAACAUUGGAUAAAGUUUUGCUGCUACCAUUGGUCAGAUGAACUGAGUCUGCAGACUCCAUAAAAAUAUUCAUAUGGAGCUAACUGUUGCCCAAAACAUCUGCUGGCUAAGAUGCCUGCCAGAAGAUCAGCCAACUGUUUUAAUCCUUGAGUUCCAUCCCCCAGGAACAUCCAGGUUAAGGGGAUGAAAAUUGGGAACUUUUCAGUGAGUUUCCUGUGUGCGAUGGUAGCAUUACCAUCUGUAGAACAGGUAAAUCCCCUGUACUCUUCAUUUAGUUGAGCCAGGUAGCCCAAGAUGGGCCAAAGUGUGCGGGAGAAGGGUGAUUUCCCUAACACAAUGACAUCUGGUGAAGUACAAAGAUAAUGGAGGGUACCUGUCUCCUUCAUGUGCCAUAUGUUAACCUAAGCUUAACUCUGCCUUGUAGGUCUUCCUCUAGGAAUCCUUAGAGGAUGUACAAAGCACACCAAUGCAUAAUGCCUGGAUAUGGGAGUUUGUAGGCUCAGAGUCUGUGAGAAUCUCUGUCCCAAAAGAGCUUGGUAUGUGUCCAGCAGUUUUCAGCUUAAUGGCACAUGGUGUCAAGCUUAGAAGAAGAGUGCUUUGCAUCAGAAACCAUUAUUAAAUAAGUCAUGCAGCUUUCUAUGUGGCCUGCCACUGAAGCCUGGUAAGGGAGAAAGACCACUUGUGACCAUUAUGCCAAUCCAGAAGAUCCAGGAAGUGAGAGGAGGUUACUAAAGCUUUGGUCCUGAAAGAAUAGCUGGUGCACACUAAUAAGAGUGCUUUUAUAUUGAAUUUUAUAGAUUCUAGAAUUCAUUAUAGGGGAACCUAUUCAAAAAGUGUUUAUUUUGAAGUGACAGCAUAAAUUGGCUUAACCAAAACUUGUAAAGAAUAAUAUGUUGCCACUAACCUCUCUGCAAAAGUAUGAGGGAUGUUGGACUUACUUUCACAUUGAGGUGGUGGGAGAAUCAGUGACUAUUCUCUGAUAACAUCAAGAUACAGUGGUCUUCAGUUGGCAGAAUGAUACCCAAAUGUCACUGAGAUUAUGAGCUUGUUUUUGCUGUGAGGCAGUGCCCAUACCCUAUUAUGAGUGUCUUAGAUUUCUUGUUUAUAAUUCUUCUUUGAAAAAAUAAGAGUAAACUUGAAAAACUUAGAGACAAUAAUUGAUUUGUAGAACUUUUUUUCAAAAUUACAAACUCAUUCUGAUACAUAGUUAAACAAUUGAUGUGGUUCAGUUGUCCUUUUCAAAAGUGAUGUUGAAAUUUAAUUGCUAAUAUAAUGCGAUAAGGAGCCAACAUCUAAAAGAAAUCAUUGCAUCAUAAGGUCCUAAGAGAGGCUGUUAUUUUUCCUCUGCUUUUUCAUUUUCUCUCUAAAUUUUUAUUUACUUUUUUCUUCUUCUUUCACUAACCCCCUUUCUUUAUCUCCAAACUUUUCUUCAUCCUUCCUCUUCAAUUUUAUAUCUGCCCUUUUCUUUCCCUUUCUUAAUGUUUUAUUUCUCCUUUUUCUCUCUCGCUCAUUGGCUGCUGAACACUGGCUGAGUCACUCUGAGGUGUGAGGAAACUCUAAUAUAAACAGGGUUUGGUUGGUGAGAAGACACAGAGUUCUGCUUCUGAGCCAGCUAGAAGGAAAGAUGGAGCAAGAUAAAGUUUCCAUGGAUAAACCGAGCAAAGUUAUCACAUGCCGGGCAGCCAUUGCCUGGACAGCAAAUGCCCCCCUGUCCAUUGAGGAGGUUCAAGUCGAUCCACCAAAGCCUGGUGAAGUUCGAAUUAAGAUUAUAUCCUCUGGGCUCUGUGGUACUGACAAACACAUCCUGGAAGGGAAAAACAGAGUCCCACUCCCUGCAAUUUUGGGCCACGAAGGAGCUGGCAUCGUAGAGAGUAUUGGAGAAGGUGUGGCCAGUGUAAAGCCAGGAGACAAAGUAUUAAUGUUUCCUCUUCCUGAAUGCAGAAAAUGUAGAUUUUGCUUGCAUUCCAAGGGUAACUUCUGUUUGAAGGAAAAGAUCCUCUCUCCAACUGGAUUAAUGUUAGAUGGAACCAGCAGAUUUACCUGCAGAGGAAGGAAGAUUUACAAUCUUUAUGGCACAAGCACAUUCACUGAAUAUACUGUAGUACAUGAAAUUGUAGUGGGGAAAAUUGAUGCUGGUGCUCCUAUGGAUAAGGUCUGCAUCAUGAGCUGUGCAGUGCCUACAGGCUUUGGAGCUGUGUUUAACACUGCAAGGGUCACCCCAGGUUCCACUUGUGUGGUUUUUGGACUUGGAGGAAUUGGCUCAGCAGUUGUCAUGGGCUGCAAAGCCUCUGGUGCUUCUAGGAUCAUUGGAGUUGACAUCAAUGAGGAGAAGUUUCCCGGGGCGAGGGCAUUCGGAGUCACUGACUGUCUCAACCCACGGAACCUCAAGAAACCUGUCCAGGAGGUGGUGAUGGAAAUGACAGGUGGUGGUGUUGACUUUGCCUUUGAAGCUGUUGGACUCACUGAUACCAUGGUUGCAGCUUUGGAAUCAUGCCACGUGAGCUAUGGAGUAUGUGUGAUUAUUGGAGUAGCACCCUCAGAUUCACAACUCUCCUUUGACCCAGUGCUGAUUCUCCCUGGGAGGACCCUGAAAGGUGGUGUUAUAGGAGAGUAUAAAACGAGAUCCUCCAUUCCUAAACUGGUAACAGAGUAUAUGCAAAAAAAAUUUAACAUAGAUCCACUUAUAACCCAUCAGCUGCCUUUUGAAAAAAUUAACAAGGCAUUUGAAUUGUUCCGCAAUGGACAUUGCAUCCGUUGUGUCCUCUUAUUUUGAGACCCACAUAAUGAAGAUUGAAAACUGACAAUCUCCCACAAUGAUUCUUCAUUCUUCUUUAUCCCCUAGGUAACUUAGUUGCAACACAUAAAAGCCAGGAUUAGAAAAAGGAGACUUCUAGAGCUUUAAGAAAUAAAACUAUUACAUAAAAUUAA